AUGGGCGUCCUCGACACCUCACUCGACCUCGACGCGCUCUUCCGUCGCCAGCUCAAGGCAACGCCGGACGCGAUCGCCCUCGUCGACCCCGAGGCAAACUACACAUACGCCCAGCUCGAUGCAAAGGUCGACAGCCUCGCCUUCUACUUUCGCUCCCACCAUGCUGUCGGCCGCGACUCGCUCGUCGGCAUCCUCAUGGGCAGAGGCGCAGACUAUCCCAAGGGCAUCGCCAAUCCACACUACGCUCCCGUUCGCUCCUACGACCUCCGCUUCGCUGUCAACGACCUCCAAGCGGGCGACCGCGUGGCUUGCAACGUCUAUUUCGUCUGGGAGAUGCUUCGCCCCCUCCUUCGCGGCGCCACCACCUACGCCAUCCCCGACCACACCUCCUACGACCCCGUCAAACUCGUCGAGCUUCUCGCAGACCAAAAGAUCACGGAAACCCUCAUGACUCCCACCCUCCUCGCCGCCGUCCUCGCACGCCACCACAACCUCGGCGCAAAGCUCCCUGCCCUCCGCUCCCUCUGGCUCAACGGCGAGGUCGUCACCACCGAUCUCGCCCGCAGAGCCAUCAGCGCUCUCCCCAACACCCGCAUCCUCAACUGCUACAGCGCCAGCGAAACCCACGAGGUCGCAUGCGGCGAUCUGCGCCAGAUGCUCUCCACCCUCCCCGACGACGCCCCGUACUGCCCCGUCGGCCCGCCCAUGGACCCGGCACACACCUACAUCCUCGACGAGGACCAGAAUCCCGUCCAGCCCGGCGAGCCCGGCGAGCUCUUUGUCGGAGGCGGCCUCCUCGCACGCGGCUACCUCAACCUCGUCGAGACCACCGCAAAGGCCUUCACCCCCGACACCUUUGCCUCCCGACCCAACGCGCGCAAGUACAGGACCGGCGAUCUCGCCAGAAUCAUCCCCGAAUCCGGCCUCCUCGAAAUCACGGGUCGCGUCGGUGGCAUGAUCAAGAUCCGCGGCUAUUCGAUCGUGCCCGGCACCGUCGAAAAGGCCAUCGUCGACAACUUUGACGUCAGCAACUGCGCCGUCGUCGCGCACGGAGAAGGUCUCGAACGCCAGCUCGUAGCCUACGUCGUGCCGGACGAGGGCGACACCGCCGGCCGCACCGUGCUCACCAUCGACGACAACGGUCACAGCCCCAGCGCACGCCAGGUGCUCGUCUCGCAUCUCGCCCACUACAUGAUCCCCACGCUCUGGGUCGUGCUCCACUCACUCCCCACCCACGAGGUCUCGGGCAAGGUCGACCUCAAGAACCUCCCCAACCCGCGCGCCGCCAUCGCUGCCGCCAGCGGCACCCACUCGCGCGCCCGCAGCCCCGCCCCGGACGAGACGGUCAACCUCAAGUCCAUCGCACAGCUCUGGGCGCUCUCGCUCAACACCAACCCCAACACCGUCCUCGAGGCUGGCAAAAACGUCAGCUUCUUUGACCUCGGCGGUCACUCGCUCUUGCUCGCAGACCUCGCCACCCGCAUCUCCAAGACGCUCGGAGGCUUCACCGUGCCCCUCGGCGAUCUCGCCGGCAAUCCCACGCUCGCAGGUCACGUCCGCGUCACGCUCAACGCACGAGACGGCCACAACGCCGCCGUCCAGGCCGACCUGCCCACCGUGCUGCGCGCCGACAUCGAACUCGCCCCCGAGUUCAAGCUCGACUCGCCCGAACCUGUGGCAGCGUGCCCUCUCAGCCAAGCCAAGACCAUCCUGCUCACCGGCGCCACCGGCUUCCUCGGCGGAUUUCUGCUGCACGACCUCUUCAAGAACACCUCGGCGCGCAUCGUCUGCCUCAUCCGCUUCAACGCUCCCUACCGCACCGACCGAUCCGCCGCCAUGGCGCGUCUGCGUCGCAACAUGCUCGACCUCGGCGUCUGGGAUCACGCCAUGCUCGACCGCAUCGACGUGCUUCCCGCCAACCUCUCGCGCAACCGACUCGGCCUCGUGCCCGAGGUCUACGACGACCUCGUCGAGCGCGUCGACGUCGUCGUCCACUGCGCCGCACAGGUCAACCUCGUCUACCCGUACGCAGCUCUGCGCGACCCCAACGUCGAAGGCACGCGCGAGAUCCUGCGCCUCGCCUUCCUCAGCAACGCCACCGUCCAGUACGUCUCGACCAAUGGCGUACUGCCGCCCUCCCAGACCGGAUGGCCCGAAUCCACCAUCAUGCCGCUCGAGGAAGUCCCAGAGAAGCUGCUCGAUGGCUAUUGCCAGACCAAGUGGGUGGCCGAGCAGCUCGUGCUCGAAGCCGCCAAGCGCGGCCUGCCCGCAAACGUCAUCCGCAUUGGCACGCUCAGCGGACACUCCGAGACUGGCUCCACCAACACGUACGACCUCAUCACCGCGCUCAUCGUCGAGUCGGUCCACCUCGGCGUCGCGCCCGAAAUCCCCAACUGGCACAUCGAGAUGACCGCCGUCGACUUUGUCAGCCGCGGUAUCGUCGCCAUCGGCAACCACAUUGACGCCAGCCAGCCCAUCUACCACCUCGGCGACAGCGAGCCCAUCGACUGUCGCCUGCUCUUCCAGCACCUCGACACGCUCGGCUAUCCGACCAAGCGCACCAGCUGGAAGUCAUGGGUGGCGCUCUGGAACGAGACGCGUGGCUCGGCCAAGGGUGGCGACCACGGCCUCACCGUCGACAUCCUGCGCUCCGGCAUGCCCUCGGAAGAGUUCCUGCUGGGCAUCAUUGCGCUCAAGGACGAUGCCACGCGUGCGGCGCUCGGCGACCUCCAGCGUCCCAAGGUGGAUGCCAAGCUGCUCCAGACCUACGCCCGCCACUGGUAUGCCCGCGGCUGGAUGCAGCGCCAGCCAUCGAGCGUGCCCAGCACGCCUUCUGGCGAAGCCAACGGCGCCAACGGCCUCGCGCUGGCGUUCGACCCCGACUUCCCGCUGCGCGGCAAGGUGGCCGUCAUCACGGGCGCCUCGUCGGGUAUCGGCGCGGCGGUGGCCAAGGCGCUCGUGCGCGAAGGUGCGCACGUCGCGCUCGCAGCUCGCCGCGUCGAAGCGCUCGAGAAGCUGCAGAAGGAGCUGGCCGAGAUCUCCCGUGCGCACGGAGGGCCGGUGCGCUCCAGGGUGCACGUGCACAAGACCGAUGUGGUUGACCGCGCGCAGGUCGAGUCGCUCAUGCAGACCACUACGGACGCGCUCGGUGCGAUCGACAUUAUCGUCUCGUGCGCCGGCGUGAUGUACUUUACCAUGAUGCACAACGUGCAGGUGGGCGAGUGGGAGCAGACGGUGGAUGUCAACUGCAAGGGGCUUCUCAACGUGCUCUCGACCUCUUUGCCUCGGCUGCUGCCGCGCAGCACAGGUCAUAUUGUGGCGAUCUCGUCCGACGCUGGUCGCAAGGUGUUCCCGGGGCUGGGCGUGUACAGCGCGUCCAAGUUCUUUGUCGAGGCGACGCUGCAGUCGCUGCGGCUCGAGACGGCGGGCACGGGCCUGCGCGUCACGUCGGUGCAGCCGGGCAACACUGCGACCGAGCUGCUGGGCAUGAGCUCGGACCAGGAGGCCAUCAAAAAGUACGGCGAACCGACGGGCGCCAAGAUCCUCGACACGAGCGAUGUGGCCAACGCGAUCGUGUAUGCGCUCCGCCAGCCGGCACACGUGGCGAUGAACGAGAUCCUCAUCGAGCCGCGCGACGAGCCCAUCUGA